AUGUUGACUGCCCUAUCUACCCGUUCAAAUAUACCUCUUGCCCUAUCAUCUCGUUUGACGUGCAUUCGGCGAAGCCUAACCGGAACACCGCAAGCGUCACCGAAGGGUACAUUGACGGAUGAUGCACUCGCCACCAAACGAAGAGGGAAGAAUCUCCUCUCAGGCCUAGGCAAGAGACCUAUCGAGGUUAUACUGCAUAAGGCGUUCCCGGUAGAGUCAAGCCAGAGCGGGAGGAGCCUGAUUACGGGGCUUCGCUACUUGGCGUCUUACGACUUCAUCGAUGAGAAACAUAUUGUCGUGCCCGGUUCUCCCCGUAUAUGGAAUCCACCCGCUGUGCCGUUCCAAAUCUCCCCAGACACACGGGAACUAGUAGCAGGACCCAAAGAAUACAAGUUCAUCUCCGCCUCAUUUGAGCCCUUGUUUGCGGCCAUCGACGCCAUGGAGACCUCCAUGGACUGGCCUUCCAUCGACAUCAUCACGAAUCGGCGCGCGCUGCGUCAAUUGUACCGAUGGAUCGACCGGGGCAAUCCGACACAACAGGACCACUUUCGCAUUGAUUUCGAAGUGAUUGGCAAGAACACCAUCUUGUUCGAUGAGGUCUGGACCGAGUUUAGGUUUAAGGAGGUCCCGCUGUAUGGAGCGGGGUUUGCGCUGGAGACUACGGAUGCAGGACCCGGAUGCGAGAAGAGCAAGGGCCACCAUCGUAUCGUGCAAUAUACAUUCAGUGGGCUGAAGUUAGUUGUACGAUCCGAGACAGAUGCGCGUAUCGGCUCGCCAUUCAGUUCUCCCGACCCGCCUCCCAAACCCGCCAAACCCACAAAACACUCACCCUACAUCGUCCGUGCCGGGGAGGUCGUGCCACAAGACGCCAUCGUCGAGAUCAAGACCAUGAAUGGAUACAAGAACCCCGACUACUCGCACCAGACAUGGCCACACUUCAAAUGGGGCUUCGUCGCGGAGCAGGUUCUGUUGUCUGGUGCAUCGCACCUGUGCACGGGAAUCCACGCCGAGGGCGACUUCUACGUCGUAGAGGACCAUGCGGUGGACCAGAAGGCGUUGCUCGCUGGGCAUCCGCGCGUUGACGCCAAUAUGCGCAAGCUGGCGAGACUUUUGAGGCACUUGAGGUCGACGGUGCUAAAGCAUGCUCGAAAGGGAGAGCGUUUGAGCGUUGUGUACUUGGAUGGGCGGUUGUGGGUGUACGAGCGCGGGUCAAAGCGACGGAGUAUUCUCGCGACUGUCUUUGCACGCGGAUACCCAGAAACAUGA